GUCAAGAGAAGCAAAGCUGCAGCAGAGCAAAAAGCUUUUUAUUACCAGGAUCUAGGUGACUUUCCACGAGAAUGGCAUCUACUGUUAUAAAAGAAUGCCCAAAAGCACUGGGGACUGUCCAGAUAAUAAUUGGAGCCGUGGUAUUCUUGUUUGGUAUUGUUUUAAAGGCCGUUGCUGACUCUGUCAACAAUAUCAAUAGUGUCAACAGCAAUGUCAUGUACUGGGGAUCUAUUAGCUUUAUCAGCUCUGGUGCUCUGUCCGUUGCUUCCCUGGAUAACCGUUGUCCCCCUGUGGUGAAAGCCUCACUGGCUAUGAAUGUGAUCAGUGCUGUGACUGCAGUUGCAGCUGUCAGCAACUUCUCCACUGAUUUGUCGAAGUCCCCAGAAUCAGAGUGUUCACGUAUAUAUUAUCAGAGGGAAUUGGCAAUAGCUUACUGUAAAGUCUUUUGGAAACAUACUAUUGGAAACAGUAGAGUGCUUCAGGGUUUCUCCCUUCUCGAGUUCUUCGUCUCCAUUGCAACUUUUGUACUGACAUGGAUAACCAGAGGCUCCACUGAAACUACGUCUUCUGUCAGUCAAAUUGACAAUCCACCAGAGGAAAACCCCAACUCUCCUUAAUUCCUCUUCUGAGCUUUUUUACAUUUUGUGUGGUACGCUAAAACUUUUAUGACCUGAAGAAAGCUUGCUGAGGUACCAGAUUAAUCCUGACCUUUUCUCUUUUUUAUGAUUUUAUUAUGAUGAUGUCAUGAUGUAUUUUUCUGUGAUUCAGCUUGAGACUGAAUAAUGAAAAAUCCAUAUGUGUAUGCAUGUAAUCACUUACAUAUCAGAUUGUAUUGUACUUUUUGGAAUAAAAUAAAUAAAAUC